AUGGGCUCUCUGUCCUCUCCCGAAUACGAUGUUAUCAUCGUUGGUGGUGGCUUCGCCGGAUGUUACACCCUUGACCAACUCCGAAAGGCUGGAUUCAAGACCCUUGUGAUCGACGACGCAGCCGAUCUUGGCGGUGUCUGGUACUGGAACUGCUACGCUGGAGCACGUGUCGAUACACCCGUGCCUCUCUAUGAGUUCUCUGAAGAAGAGAUCUGGAGGCCAUGGACCUGGUCCGAGAAGUAUCCCGGAAGAGAAGAGAUCCGAAACUACUUCCAGCAUGUCGAGUCCAAGCUACAUCUCAAGAAGGACGUUAUGUUCAACACCCGCGUUGUGAGUGCUGACUUCGACAAAAUCGGUUCCCACUGGACCAUCACCACUGGCGACAAGUCCAUCUUGACCGCCCGAUACUUCAUUCUCUGUACUGGCUUCGCUGCGAAACCAAACAUCCCAGACUUCAAGGGCCUUGAUUCCUUUACUGGCGUCUCAUGUCACACCUCGAAGUGGCCUCAGGAGGGUAUUGACUUCAAGGGAAAGCGAGUUGGUGUCGUCGGUAACGGCUCAAGCGGUCUUCAAGUCAUACAGGAGAUUGCCCCCGAAGUUGAACACCUGACAGUAUUCCAACGCAGCCCAACCUACGCCCUCCCCAUGCGACAAGUUCCCCUUUCUAUUGAGGACCAGAAAAAGGAGACAUACAAGGAGCUUUACGGGCUUCGUAAGAACACUUUUGCUGGCCUGGACUUCGAAUUCAAUCCUCAGGCUUGUGCCGAGACAACCGCAAAGGAGCGCCAGGCAUUUUUUGAGGAGAUUUGGGCAAAGGGCGGACUAUCUUUCUGGUUGGGGACAUAUCAAGAUGUCAUCCGGAACAGAGAAGCCAACCAACACGCAUACGAAUUCUGGCGCAGCAAGGUCCUGGAGCGCGUCCAUAAGCCCGCGAUGCAGGAGCUUCUUGCCCCGGAGAAGCCGCCAUACUACUUCGGAACCAAGCGAGCUACUCUCGAGCAGAGAUACUACGAGGUCUACAACCGUGACAACGUGGCUCUGAUUGACACCAAGGCCAAUGCCAUCGCGGAGGUUGUCCCCGACGGUGUCUUCACCGCCGAUGGCGAGCUGCACAAGUUUGACGUUCUCAUUCUUGCUACUGGCUUUGACUCAGUGACGGGAGGUAUCUUGGCGAUCGAUAUUAAAGGCGAGAAUGGGCAGUCAUUGAAAGAGAAGUGGGCGAAGGGCACAACGACGCACCUUGGAAUGAUGACUGCUGGGUUCCCCAAUGCACUGUUCGUCUACGGGCCUCAAGGUCCGACAUCGUUCUGCAACGGACCUACGUGUGCUGAGCUCCAGGGCGGUUGGAUCCGCGACACACUUGUUCACUUGCGAAAGAACGGCAAACGCUACAUUAACCCUCGUCCGGAUGUUGAGCAAGAGUGGCGAGAACUUGUCAACCGUAUUGGAGACGAGACUCUGCUGCCGCAGACAAAGUCUGAGUACAUGGGGACCAAUAUUCCAGGGAAGCCUAAAGAGAUGCUCAACUUCCUUGGCGGCGUCGUCGAGUAUACUCGACGCAUCAAUGACUCGCUCAACACGGGCUUCCAGGAUUUCACCGUCCAAUGUGAUGGCGGCUUUAUGGGCAUACUGUUCGGCACCAUCGACCAAGAUAUCCGCGAGUUUCACAGGAAAUACGGCAAUGUUGUACGUUAUUCGCCAGAUGCGGUGACAUUUACGACAAGCCAGGCCUGGAAGACUAUCUACGGCCAUGGGCACGGGCAGUUUCCAAAGUACAGUGCCUCCAAGCAACUCGACCCUGACUCCAACAUCCUCGACGCCGAUGAUGUCAACCAUGCUCGGAUUCGCCGAGGAGUAGCCCACGCUUUUUCGCCACGGUCUCUGGCUGACCAAGAGCCGAUCAUUCACGACUAUGUCGAUAAGCUCGUACGAAGGUUAUCAGAUGUGGCUGAGUCCCGAAUGCCGACAGAGAUGUGGAGAUGGUUCCAUAUCGCUUCCUUCGAUAUUAUCGGCGACUUGACGUUCGGAGAGUCUUUGGGUGGUCUCGACAAUAACGAGUUCCAUCAUGUGGUAAGCUCUGUCCUCAUGUUUAUCGAGCGAGCUAGAAAGCUCUUCGAACUUAACACACUACUUGGCCCGCUAUCGUGGAUCGUCUUGCCGAUUUUAGCGCGGGAUGUUCAGAAGGGCUUUAUGGACCAGUUUGACUACACCAGAAAAGCCGUAAACAAGCGAUUGGGGAAUGACUCUGAAAUCAUCCGCAAAGACUUUAUGCAAGGUUUGCUCCGUGGGAGAGACGAGAAGAGUAUUAAUUCCAUCGAAGAGAUCGUCACAAACUCGAAUACCCUCUUCGUCGCCGGGAGUGAUACCACGGCCACUUUGAUGACGGCUUGCACUUUCUACCUCUUAUCGACGCCUCAUGCACACAGAAGAGCAGUUGAAGAAGUCAGAGCGGCGUUCAAGUCACCCGGCGAAAUCAACUUUACGGAUGCUACGGCACGUCUGCCUUACCUCCUCGCUGUGCUCAACGAGACCUUCAGACUCUAUCCACCCGUGCCGACUUCGCUUGAGAGAAUUGUUCCGGACACAAAAGAACCAGUGUACAUUGAAGGAAUGUUUCUCCCUCCAGGGACUCGUGUUGGGGUUCAUCACUCCGCUGCCGGUCUAUCAACUUCCAACUUCGCUGAGCCAGAGAGCUUUGCUCCUGAACGAUGGCUUCCCAGUGUUGCUCAAGACCCUAAGUCUCCAUUUUAUGCGGACAAGCGGGACGCUAUCCAGCCAUUCUCGUAUGGCCCUCGCAAUUGCAUCGGGAAACACUUGGCAUACAAUGAGAUGCGCGUCAUCAUUUCGCGACUGCUAUGGGAAUUCGAUAUGAAGCUCGAUUCGUCUUCGACCAAUUGGACACAGCCAUAUUCUAAGCACAAAGCCUGGUCCAUCUGGAAGAAACCACCUCUGUUGGUGCACAUCAAGAGCCGUCCUUUGGCAAUCUAG